GCCGGGGGGCGGGGCCGCGACCUCCCUUCUCCGGGACUUGGCAGAGGAGACGCCUCCGGGAGGGAGCGAGAGGAGCAGGACCUUCGUGCUCAAAAGGUGCUGAAGAACGGAGUCCCUCACCACUGAGGCUACCUGAGACCAAGUGGGGCCAUGGCAGGGCAUGGCUGUCUGGGGCUGGGGCUGUUCUGCUGGGUCCUCCUCGCUGUUCCUGUGGGCCCCCAGCCUGCUUCCUCUAUCCCAGGCGCCCCUCUCACUACUUUGACCCCACCCCCUCAGGGUGAGGCCUCUAUGCUGUCUCUCAAUCUGGGACUUAACUUCAAAUUCCACCUUCGGGGACCUGCUGCGGCCUGGGGGAGCCCUGUCACCGAGACCCACCCACUGUCUCCUGGACCGAGCCAGGAGCUGGAGGAAGAGGUGGCCAGUGGACUGAGGACUGACCCGCUUUGGGAACUGCUGGUGGGCUCCCUGGGGAAUUACUCCCCAGAGUGGGGUUCUGCUGAAGGCAGUGCUACGCCCUGGGCCUCCUCCCCGCCUCUAGAAUCCACAUCCCCGCUCUCUGGGCCCACCCACCAGCCGAAGGCUCCCCAUCAGCCCAGGAUGGGGACGGUGACCUGGGACACGACUCUGAUGGCUACAGCCCCUCCCUCCAGUGCCCCCAGGCCCCACCAGACUGAGCUGGAACUGAAGUUUGACAUGGCACUGAGAGCAGGCGCCGCCCCCACGCUCGGGCAUCGAACUCUGCCCCUGCUGCCCAGCCUGCGGGCCAGCCUGGCAGAGAUUGCUGGGCGCCUGGGACCGUUUGGGUUCUUUGGCACUACUCUGUCCCCACUCCGGAACUUCUCCGGCGUGAACCCCCCAGGCCCAACCGCAUCCCCAAGCUCUGCCUCCAGAGUCUCGGAUUCGCCCGGGUUCUUUGGCACCACUCUGUCCCCACCCCCAUCCUCCCUGGAGAGAAAGCUCCCAAGCCCAGGCCCACUAGACCCAACUGCUUCCCUGAGCGCUGCCUCCAUUGCAACAACAUCACUAGACGCCACCAUCCCCACCUCCGGGCCAGAUGACCCCUCUCCUACCAGCCUCGGAAACCCUUCUGUGCAGCCAGAGUGCCGGCCAGGGCCCUGCAGCGCUGGAGAUUUGCCUGAAGGCGAGGGGCAGCCUCCUGCAGCCCCGCUGUCCCUCUUUUUCCUGACCCUGGAGGCCGACUGGGCAGAGGCCAGGGCUCGCUGGGGGCUGGCCUGGGAGGCCCAUGUGUACGGGGUAGGCACCCUCUUCGGCCUGGUCGCCCUGCUGGCGCUGCUGGCUCUGGCCCUCUUGCCCUGGCGCUGCCCGCCUGGCGCCCCCUGCCUGCUUUCCUCUCCCGGGGCCUGGCCCGCGGGCAGUAGCGCCUCUUCAGGCUCGCUGUGCGGACUCUCCCGGGACAGCUCGUCCAUGCUGCUCUGCGCCAGCCCCGACCGGCCCCCGCGCUGCCCGCUGGUCUGCGUCCUCAGCCCCCCGCGGCCCUCGGGAAGCAGCCCCAACCUCCCAGCCUCAGGAUCCUACCAGGCCCUGUCCCCGUCCUCCCGCGACUCCCCAGAGCCUGCUUGUGCGCUGCAGGCCGAAGAGGCCUUGCUGCAGGAGCAAUUCCUGGACGCCUGCCGACAGAUCGACGAGCUGAGCAUGGGCAGCGACACCAUAGACCUGUGAAGAGGACGCCCCCUUGGUGCCGGCCACACGCCCCCUCCUGGCGGCAGCUCUGCCCAAGACCGGCACACUGUAACCCUCCCCUCAUCCGGCCUGGCUCGGAUACCUCGCCCUGCUUCCUCCCCCAUCCAGGGGCUCCUGGGUGGGCGGGUCAGCAGCCAGGCUCUGUUGAUUGGGAAUUAGUGCCACCUCCUCUGGAGCCCUGGGCGCUGAUGCCCUCAGCUGCCAUUCUAGCCUGGCAGGGGUCCCCGCUUUCCUUGGCAUUCACCAGCAAUAAAGCUCCAAGGUGCUCCAUCCCUGACCGCCGCGGCCCACUCUGGUAUUGAGUGAGAGGGGCUAUCCUCAGAAGACCUCAGGAUGGUCCUCGGCCCCCAUACCCACCUCUGCCAUGCCCAGGAAUCCCACCCCCGCGUGAGUGACACUCCCAGUUCUCCACAUGACCCUUCCCUACAGAAGGGGUCCAUGGCCCACCUAGGAGACUCGGCAGCUGUUGUGUGUGGGGUGAGCGCUAUCAGAGUUAAUUUAUCAAUAAAAUAUUUU